AUGUCACUUUUCACCAGUCCCAGAGGAAUCCCGUCCCUGUACAGUCCAAAAUUCACAUAUCAUCGUUCGCAGAGAGUCCCACAAUUUCUCAUCAUUCUCCUACUGUUACUCAAUCAUUCUUGGUCCAUGGGACCUGUUCUGACCAGUUCAUCCAGCUCGACAGUUGAAUCUCUGUUCGAAAGUUGCUGCUCACUCGGAAGGACUGCAGCUCAGACCAUUGAAUUCGUCGGUUUCAGUAACAAUGAAACCGUGGAAACUUGUGCAUCCGUAUUACAAUUAGAAAUAUCUGCCCCUUUACAAGAAUGUUGUCUCUGUCAACUAGUUUGGAUGGCCAAUCGUACCAACCACGAAGCUUGGAAAGAAUUGCGGGAGCAAGCUGAAGAUACAGCAUGCCCCGGUGCUGGCUGUUGCAGUCUGUUACGAAAUGUCACCCGUUACAAAGGUACAAUGCACAAGGGACGCUCAGAAAUGUCCGAUGAUCCCGGAGCAGAACAUGGCCCGAUAACCACCGUGAAUCCCAUCAACACCCCAGCUCCAACAACGGAAACCACGAUGCUGAAUCUGCCCCCGGGAGACUUUCCCGAUGAUUUUGAAUUUUCCAUGGUCGGUGGGAUCGAUAUGCCAUCUAUGUUUCCAUCAAAAAAGCCAGCCACAGAGGUUACCCCGACGGUUACAAAAGCGAUGGAGGUAUUGUGUGCGGAAAAUUUUGUUUGGGACGCGGAUCAGGAGCUCUGUGUACGCGUGAUCACAGCCUGUCCAAUCGGGAUGUAUUUGAGCAAAACUACGAAAAAAUGCACAAAACGAUUAACGGAGAAUAUCUCCUGUGCAGCCGGUUACCACUUUGAUGAAUCUCAGGAUGAAUGUGCAGACAUCAACGAAUGUCAAGAAGGCUUGCCCAGUGGUGAAAAAGCCUGUGUCGGUGAGGGGAUGAUUUGUACCAACACGCCUGGCUCGUACAGUUGUUCAUGUUCUGAAGGUUUUCAGAUGGCAGACGACGGAACGUGUGUUGAUGUUAACGAAUGCAAGGCCGAUCCGAAUAUCUGCGGGCGUGGAAUGAUGUGCAUCAACGUUCGAGGUGGUCACAAAUGUGUAGAUCAAAAGUGCCCGGGAAAAGCAAGGUCAUUCACACAAAUACCUCGAGUUGGCAAUGACGAUAAACGUUUCGAGGGUAGCAGUGUUUGGGUCAACAUUGACGAAUGUCUCGAGAAAAGUUUUAAUUGCCGUCAUGACGAAAUCUGUGCAAACAAACCGGGCUCUUACGAUUGUGUACCGUCGCCGUGUUCCAUCACCCAAAUUUACGACUAUGUGAACAAAACAUGCACGUGUGAGGCCGGAUUGAGAAAUGUGGACGGAAAUUGCGUUGAUAUAAACGAAUGCGAAGAAAACCCAUUCAUCUGUGCCCUUGGCGAGAAAUGUGUGAAUCAUAUUGGCGGAUAUCGAUGCAUUCGGAUGAACGAAUGCCAACCGGGCUUUGAACGGGACGGUCCAUUCGGCGCUUGUAAAGAUGUGGAUGAGUGCCAGGUUUUCGGGUCCGAGGCCUCCUGUCCCGACCCACGGGCGCGCUGUGUGAACACCAAUGGAAGUCACCUGUGUGUUUGUCCGGACGGCUUUGUAUGGGUCGACUAUCCAACAUCAAAGUGCAAGGAUAUUGAUGAGUGCGCUCAGAAACCGGAUCGUUGUGGAAAGGAGCAUCGUUGUGUCAACGUGGAAGGCUCGUAUAAUUGCGUAUGCGCUCCAGGGUAUCAAGCUACAGACGAUUCCAAGCGCUGCGUAGACAUUGAUGAAUGCCAAGCGCACUUGUAUCAACCAAACUCGAGAAAUCCGUGCCCCUACUCGCUCUGUGUGAACACACCAGGCAGUUACGAAUGUCGUUGCCCGGAUGGUUUUCGACUGGGUCCCGGUGGUCGCUGUUCGGAUGUGGACGAGUGCAAUGACAUUCCAGGAGUGUGCAAGUCCAAACAUGCAAUCGGUUACAGUCAGGCUUGUGUCAAUCUGGUCGGUGGAUAUCGCUGUGUAUCAAACGAGUGUCCGCCAUCAUAUACCAAAAGUCGGCUGGACAGCGCUCCACGCGGACGGUAUUAUCUGUGGGAUAAAUUGAGGUGUGAACUGGAUGCGGCUCACGCCUGUGUCCCUGGUGAUGCAGCUUGUUUGGCAGAACGACCGCAAAUGAUGGACAAUUUGUUCAUUGAACUGGAUCAGGAUACCGGUGUGCCUCAGAUACUCACGCGAGUGGACACGCGUCACUUGCCGUCCGGGGUAAUACGUGUGGACCUGAGGCAGCACUACGCAAAUCACUUACGAACCCGAAAUCCGGUUCGAGUUGAUCAAGCUUUCCGAGUAAGCAGUUUAACCCAUCUCACCUAG